CUUAAUUGCAUUAGACAUUUUUUAUUCAAGUAUCAUUUAGCUUAUUUUUCUGAGUCACAAGCAUUAUAUUAAUAUUCAAUAUUUCAUACAUUACUAGCAAAUAACUAGUACAAGAAAGAAUUUCCUAUGUAUACUUCCAGAAUCGUAUACGUUUCUUUUCUUUAGAAAUUGUCUGCCAAUAAAGAUUUUAUAACUGAACAACAAAAAGACAAAGAACCCAAUGAAUAGUCAACUGACUUAAAUAGGUAUUUUCCCAAAGAAGACAAACAAAUGUACAAUAAGUACAUGAAAAAGUGCUCAAUGUCAUUCAUCAUUGGGGAAAGGCAAACCAUAACCACAAUGAGAUAGCACUUCAAACACGUUAGGAUGGCCAUAAAAAAUAAAGCAAAACAAAAACAGAAAACAAGUGUUGGCUAGGAUCUGAGAAAUUUGAACUCUCAUACACUGCUUAUAGGGAUGUAAAAUGACCAUUGUAUACACUUUAUACACAAAAAAAUUAACAUAGGUUUUUAAAUAGAAACCUGAAUGUUUAUAAUAGCUUUAUUCACAAUAGGCAAAAAGUGGAAAGAAACCAAAUGUCUAUUAACUGAUGAAUAGGUAAACAAAACGUAGUAUAGCUGUACAAUGAAAUACUAUUCAGCUACAAAAAAGAACAAAAGUACUGAUACAUGCCUCAACAUAGGUGAACCUUGAAAACAUUAUGCUAAGUAAUAGAAACUAGACACAAAGGCCACAUUUUGAAUUGUUCCAUUUAUAUGAAAUAUACAAAAUAGGCAAAUAUAUAGACAUAAAGGGGAUUAAUGGCUGCCUGGAGGUUGGGGGAGGAAAAAUGUGGGUCACUAAUGGCCAUGGGAUUUCUAUUUCAAGUGAUGAAAAUGUUCUGGAACUGGGUAGUGGUGACGGUUGCCUAAAAUGGUGAAUGUAGUUAAUGCCAUUGAAUUGUUCUUCAUUUGUUGCCAUUUUAAAUGGCUGUGAUGGUAAAUUUUUACAUUAUGUGUAUUUAACCACAAUAAAGAGAAAAUUUUUAAAAAUUGCCUAAAGAUUCUGGAUAUUAUACUUUUGUGUGGUCAUUUAUACACACAAACACAUACACAAACACACACAUAUAUACACAUAUAUACACGAAUUUCAUGGCCACCCUGUAGUAUUUAUCAUACAUAAUAGAUUUCAUUGCUUUUCAAAAGAAUCUCUCUAUGAUUAGUUGAAAUGAUACCUUUUUGAGUGAAUAACAUAUAGCAAUUAAAAUGUGCAUUUACGUUGAUUUACAGUCAAACAUGGGAAUUUUGUGGUUAGAAUUACCAGUUUUAUGCCUUGUGAAAUUUCACUUGCUAUCUGACCUAAUGCUGUAUUUUUAGUGGAGUAAGGUAGCAAUCAAGGGCACAGGUUUUAGAGAUAAAUGGAGUUCAGUAGAUUCAAAUUUUUUCUUUUCUAAUAAUAGAUCUUCAGGCAAGUUACAAUAACUUCUCAACUCUAUUUCCUCACUAGUAAAAUGGGGAUAAUAAUGUCUAAUUUAAUGUGAUGUAAGAAUUGAAUAUAUGAAUAGUACAUAGCCUGAACUUAGCACGUGGUAAUAUAACAAUAUGAUAGCUACUUCUAAGAGAUGUUUAUUUGCACUUUUUCUAAUGCAAUCCUUUAUUACUUUUGUGAGGUAUUUACUUUCAGUGGGAAGCCCACUCAUCUCACCUGAGUAGGAUUCUAAUUGGGAAGAUGACUUUUGGCAUACUGAGUAGAUUCUGGAGCAGAUACUGUAACUUUGAUUACAUGAAGUCAUUAGUUAGGGGUCACAUUCCUACUUCUACUGUCUGUUAACCCCCGCUUCAGCUCUUUCCAUGUAUUCUGGAACUCUUUCUGCAGAGGACGGCAAAUCUAGCUUUCUGUAAAAUUCUGGUGCCAGUUCAACAUACAUGUCCUAAGAAACACUUAAAUAGCGAAGAGUAUUUUAAGGACAAAGAAAGAGAAGGUUAUGGCCUAUUCAAAGUUUAUGAAGAAACCAAGUAAGAAGCCAGAAAAAAUGAAAGAAUAAAGCAAGUCUUGUUUCCUAAACCACACUUCCAAUUACGAUUUCGAAUGGGUCUAAGGACCCUAACUGUCAGGUAACAUGGUCCUCCUGCUCACUCUGAUUUCCAGCCAAUGAAUAAAACAGCUGACAUAAAACUUCAGGGAAAUCAUGACUCUUGCAAAACAAAAGACAAAGGGUGUACAAGGAUCAUAAUUCAAAUGGGAAGCCUGCUUGAUGGUCCCAACUCAGCACAAGGUUUUCCACUUCUUGACAUCGGUCAGGAGGAUACAGGCUGUAGGCAAAGCAGUAUUGCCAAGAGGUGCAAAGAAAACACUUAAGUUAAAACUUACUCCUUGAUCCUCAAGGAGUUUACAACAGCGCUGAAGAGAUUAGCCGUGUGACUAGCACUCCAGGGCGGUCAAUGAAACGUGACAAACGAGUUGGCAGGGGCCUUGAACGAGGAGGGAUUCACAGUUAAGGAUCAUUUGGAGAGGAGGUGGGGUGGAGGUGGGACUUGUUAAGGCUUAAGAGACGGGGGGGUAAGCUGGGUGGGAUUUGUAAGUGGGAAAUCGAGGCGUUCCUGCGGCAGGACUCAGGCAGAGAAGCUCCGGGUCGGGCCGGGAGGACCAGCCUCACCCCUCACCCACGGCGCUUGCGCAGCCCAACGCUCGCGCCGGGCGCGCGGCCCGCAGGAAGCUGGCCAGAGCCUGCGAACACGAGACCCCGCGUGCUAAGGCGGGAAAAAACUUGCGCAUGCGCAGUUCGGCGCUCCGGGCUCGCCAGGAUGGGGAAGAGAAGGGGGGAGUUUCCAAGAGGGAACUUGACCCGUUAGGAGCCGCGGCCAUGGCGGCGCGCUCGUCGCCUUCACAAUUCCCUCCACCCGCAGGGCGACAGUUAGGCCCCAAGUCCCCACAUGUUGGGCGGGGAGCUGAGGUACAUGCAGUGCGCAGCGAGGCCUCGGGUCUUGUCGGCGCAGCGCGAGAGCCGGUCCGGGACAAAAGUGAUAUAUCCUGGCGGGGCGAAGAAGGGUCAGGGGGCCGGCAAGGGCCAGGGCGGGUAGUUCUGGUUCAUGCUCCCUUCCUCAGCGCGCCCACGGGGUCCUGGCGGCUAGAGGGACUCUCGGUAGAGGAGGCGAUGGCGAGCCGGACGCAGCUGCUGGAGAAAGAGCUGAGCAGUCUAAAGGAGGAGCUGGCCCUGUGUCAGGCUGAUAAAGAAUUUGUAUGGUCUUUGUGGAAGCGUCUCCAGGUGGCAAACCCAGAUCUCACACAUGCAGUCAGUUUGGUUGUGGAAAGAGAAAAACAGAAAUCUGAAGCAAAAGACAGAAAAGUUCUAGAAAUCCUGCAAGUCAAGGAUGCUAAAAUACAAGAAUUGGAACAGAGAGAAUCAUUACUAAAACAGGAAAUAAAUGACCUUGUAAAACGGAAGAUUGCAGUAGAUGAAGAAAAUGCUUUUUUAAGGAAAGAAUUCAGUGUUUUGGAGAAGAAAUUUAAAGAUAAAAGUCAAGAAGUUAAGGACACAAAGGAGUGUGUACAGAAUAAAGAAGAGCAAAACAGACUAGUUAUAAAAAAUCUGCAGGAGGAAAAUGAGAAAUUAAGUACCCGCUGCACUGACUUGCUAAAUGACCUGGAGAAACUGAGGAAGCAAGAAGCACAUUGGAGAAAAGAAAAAUAUAGCAUUGAUGCAAAAAUAAAGGCCUUUGAAGACAGUUUAUUUGAAGCAAAGAAAGAAAUUGAAAUAUCACAGACUAAAUAUAAUGCCUUAUCAUUACAAUUGAAUAAUAAACAGACUGAACUUAUUCAAAAGGAUAUGGAUAUUACCCUGGUCAGGAAGGAACUACAGGAGCUGCAGAAUCUUUACAAACAAAACAGUGCACAUACGGCACAACAAGCAGAGCUGAUCCAGCAGCUUCAGGUUCUCAAUAUGGAUACCCAAAAAGUACUGAGAAAUCAGGAAGAUGUUCACACAGCUGAAAGUAUAUCAUAUCAAAAACUUUACAGUGAAUUACAUAUUUGUUUUGAGACCACAAAAUCAAAUGAAGCUGUGCUUCGGCAGAGUGUUAUUACUCUUCAGGAUCAGCUAUUUCAAAAAGAGCAAGAAAAUGCUAAAUUAAAAGAAAAACUUCAGGAAUCCCAAGGAACAACUUAUCCUUUACCUCAAGACAGUGAUUCAGACCACUCAGCAGAGGUAUCUCAACGGCCAUCCUUAUCGAGCUUAGAAACAUUAAUGGUCUCACAGAAGUCUGAAAUUGAGUAUUUACAGGAGAAACUGAAAAUAGCAAAUGAGAAACUGUCUGAGAACAUAUCUACUAACAAACAUUUUUUAGAGAAAAGCAUCAUGACAAGUGCUAAAGUAAAACACAAGGAACCACCUGUGAAACAUUCAAGGUCUUUGUCCCCAAAGAACUCUUUCACAGACUCAGAGGAGCUAAGGAAGCUGAGAGAAGCUGAAAGAAAGAUUGAAAACUUAGAGAAGGCAGUACAACUAAAGAGCCAAGAAAAUGAUGAGCUAAGAGAUGCCCAUGAAAAACGCAAGGAAAGGCUACAGAUGUUACAGACCAACUACAGAGCAGUAAAAGAGCAAUUAAAACAGUGGGAAGAAGGCAGUGGCAUGAAUGAAAUUAGAAAGAUAAAGAGAGCAGAUCCCAAACAACUUCAACAAGAAGAUUCUGAUGCUGUAUGGAAUGAACUGGCAUAUUUCAAAAGGGAAAACCAGGAGCUAAUGAUUCAAAAGAUGAAUCUUCAAGAAGAAUUGGAUGAACUUAAAGUACAAAUAUCUAUUGAUAAGGCAACAAUACAAGAACUGAAUAGGUGUAUGGCAGAGAAAAAAGAAGAAUAUCUCUUUACAAACAGCGAAGAUGGUGAGGUCAAGAAGAGUACUCCAGAGAAGAAUGGGAAAGAAAUGUUGGAGCAGACAUUACAAAAGGUCAUUGAGUUGGAAAAUCGACUAAAAUCUUUUGAGAAAAGGUCAAGAAGAUUAAAAGAAGGGAAUAAAAAAUUAAUGAAAGAAAAUCAUUUCCUGAAAUCUCUCUUAAAAGAGCAGCAAGAAGAGGCAGAGACUAGAGAAAAAGAGCUAGAACAGCUAGUAAAGGAAAGUAAAGAUGUAGAAAAAGAAAAAACCGAACUUCAAGUAAAAAUCAUUGAGCUGGAGAGAGAAGUCACUUCCUUACGGAGACAAGUGGCAGAAGCUAAUGCAUUGAGAAAUGAAAAUGAAGAGCUCAUGAACCCAGUGGGGAAAUUGCGCCACUUAGCAGACAAAGCUAAAUCUGAGAUGGCCACCAUGCAAGUGAGAUCUGGACAGUCUGAUUGUAAGACAACCACUACCAAGGUUAAAUUUAAAGCUGCCAAGAAAAAGUGCUCUGUGGGUCGUCGCUACACUAUUCUCAAUCACUCCAUCAAGGUCAUGAGCAAUGUGUUUGAGAACCUCAGCAAGGACAGCUGGGAGGAUGUGAGUGAAAGCAGCAGUGAUUCUGAAGCACAGACCUCUCAAAAUUUGGGAACAAUUAUUAUAGAAACAUCCCAGAAAGUAAGUCCUGCAGAAGAUGGAAGAGACCAGAAAGAAAGUGAUCAAACAGAAGACAGCCAAACACAAGGAAAAGAAAUAGUACAAACAGGCUCAAAUAUAAAUGGCAAGACCCCAAAGGAUAAUUUUCAUUGUAAGAAUACCAAAAAACCAACUUUUCAAAAGAAGAAUGGUAGCAUGCAAAAGAGUUUACAUACAGCAUUUCCUACUGGAGUCAACAGAGAAAAGUACAAAACUGUGCCUACCCAGAAAUCAAGUAGCAGUAUUAUCUCAUUACGAGAACGGAUUACAUCCUUGCAACAACAAAAUAGUGUACUUCAGAAUGCCAAAAAAAUAGCAGAAUUGUCCGUUAAAGAAUAUAAAGAAGUUAAUGAAAAGCUCCUCCAUCAACAGCAAGUGUCUGAUCAACGAUUUCAGACAAGCAGACAGACCAUAAAGAAGCUAAAUUCAGAUUUGGAUAGUCUACGGAAAGAAAAAGAAGAUUUAUUAAAGAAAUUGGAGUCUUCAUCUGAAAUAACAAGUUUAGCAGAAGAAGUUUCCCGAGUAACAGUUCCACAGGUACAGGUUACAUCACUUGGUCCUUCAAGGAGCAUGGAUUUGGAAUUUAAGCAAUUGCACUGUAAACUAAAGAAUGCAACUAAUGAACUCACUAAACAGUCAUCAAAUGUGAAGUCUCUAAAAUUUGAACUCCUCUCAAAAGAAGAACAUGUAAAGGAAAUGCAUGAGAAGAUAUCUCGAAUGGAGAGGGAUAUAACUAUGAAAAGACAUUUGAUAGAGGACUUGAAAUUUCGACAGAAAGUAAAUUUGGAAAGUAAUGAGAAUUUUAAUGAAAUGUUAGAAAAUCUUGAAAGAAAGAUAAAGACAUUAACUGAAGAAUGUUCCAACAAGAAGGUAUCAAUUGAUUCACUGAAGCAAAGACUUAAUGUUGCUGUAAAAGAGAAGUCACAAUAUGAUCAGAUGUAUCAGAAAACAAAAGAGGAGUUAGAAAAAAAGGAUAUCAGGCUUACUGUCCUGGCAUCAAAAUUAAAUGAGACUGAAUCUGCGAUGGCCGAAAUUGAAACAGCAGCAUCUAAGCAGCUUCAAGCAUUGGCUGUGCAAAGUGAGCAGGCCCUAGAAGGUGUACAGAAGAAAUUGCUGUUAGCCAAUGAGAAAGUGGAAGAGUUCACCAUAUUUGUGAAGGCUUUGGUAAAAGAGUUACAAAGUGAUGUUUAUGUAGUAAGGCGACGAAUCAAAGAACUCAAAAAAAUGAAAAAAAACAGAGAUGCUUGUAAAACCUCAACCCAUAAAGCUCAAACCUUGGCAGCUUCUAUUCUGAACAUUUCACAGUCAGAUCUAGAAGAAAUAAUGGACACAGAAGAUGAAGUGGAAAUUGAAAAGACAAAGACAGAUGCUGAAAAUGAUAAGGAAUGGCUGCUACACAUUCAGAGACUUCUUGAAGGACAGCUGGAUUUUAAAACUGAAGAAAUGUGCCAUUUGAGUACCUCAUCCUUUCUUCAGUGCUUCCUUUUGCCCCAUCUUUACUAGAAGCAGUACUGGAGAAAAUAAAUGAAAAAAAGCAACUAGUUGAAGUAUAUUUCACAAUUAUGAAAGAUAUUAGAUGAUAUUAAAACGGAGAACAUCUCAAAUGUGAAAACUCUUUAUGUGGUGUGAUUGGAAAAAAUAUGCAUUGCAAUCCUGAUACAGUAUUCUGUUCCAGCUAUCAAUAGUUAAGUUCAAUACUAAAAUAAGAAGUCUCUGAAACUAAUUGCUGAAUAAGUAAAACUAAUUAAGUGCAUAGCCAUUUAAGACAAAAUCGUGUAGCAUUUGUUUGUUGAAUACAAAUAUUGCCACAAAUCAAUGCAAACUUAAAAAUAAGUUUCCUUCCAGUGAAUUAGAAGAAACUGGAACAAGCUUGGCACACACAAUUUAGUUUGAGCAUAAAAAAAAAAGUGUGAACUAAGAACAAUGUUUUAAGUGUUGUAAAAAAUGUGGACUUCUUACAUAAAACUGCUAUAAAUGGGCAUACAUGAUCCAGUGAGCAGCACAUUUAUAUUGUAAGCAAAUAUGAAAUGCAUCAUAACUUAAGGAUGAGCAUUUAACGGAAUAAAUCAUGUGAUCCAGUUAUAUCUGUUCUCAUUGACAUAUUGGAUUAUAUAGGUGAUAAUGCAUUUUUCUAAACUAUUUGGCAAAAAAAAACCCAAACAUUUUUUCCCUCUCUUUUAAAUUCACAAUACUGUACUUUUCAUGGUUGUAGGAAUUAGCAAGAGACCACAAACCCAGACUAGAUCUAACAAAACUCCUACCAUUUUGAACUAAAAUUCCAUUUUUAACAGUGAUGUCAUCCUUAUUUAGAGUCCUAAAUAUUCCCACCUCAUUUUACCUCUUUGCUGUGUUCCUUCCAUACCUUUUUGGUUCUUCUGAUUCACCAAACUUAUGCCUGCCUUCCACAUUUGCCCUUUGAAUUCUCUCUUGUGAGAAUACUCCAUGCCCAGCUUUCCUCAUGGCUGCCUCCUUCUCAUCAUUCAGGUUCCCCUUUGCUUUACCCUCAGGACCAUAUUCUCUGACCAUACUACUGUUUAAUUUCCUUAUAGUACAAAAUUGUCUAUCUGUUCACUUAUUUUCCUGUCUAUUUUCUCUUUCUCGCCCUUUCGAAUAUAGGAGUAAUGCGGAGAUUGGCCAAACCUCUCCUGUCACCUGCUUUGUAUGGCCUACAAACUAAGAAUGCUUUUUACAUUAUUAAAUGAUUUUUAAAAAGAAGAUAAUAAUAUUUUUUAGCAUGUGAAUAUUACAUAAAAUCUAAAUUUUGGUGUCCAUCAAUAAAGUUUUAUUAGAACACAGUGAUGCUUACUCAUUUAUGCAUUGUUUAUGGUUGCUUUCACAUUGUAAUAGUAGAGUUUAACUGUGGAGACUACGGAGCUCUUGCACUUUGCACCACUGCCUAGCACAUAACAGAUCACAACAGCAUGGUUACUACUUGACAGCAUUUCAGGUGCCACACAUACUGCCUUGGUAUAAUUUUUUAAAAUAUCAGUGCGAUUCAUAGCAAAAUAAUAGAAGACAGAAAUGACCAUCAAAUGUCACACAUUUAAGGCAUAAUGAAGUAUGGAUUAUUUUGUUAUUGAAUUAUAUGGCAAUGCAUUGUGUUUAUUAUGUAAUGACACUAUACCUAUGCUAAAAGAAUGCAACAUAUAGCAACAUCAUCAGAGUAAGUACUCCCCACAGUAUUUCCAACUCACAGGAAAGCAAUAGUAAGAAAAAAAUCACAAAAUUUAAAAUGUAAUAUCUCAUCACAGCAGAAAUUUGUUACAAAGAUAAAAAUGAGACUGCAGACUAUUACCUUGAUACCAGAACCAAAGACAGUACAAAAAAAGAAAGUGUGGCAGGCUGGUUCAACAUUAAAAAAAUCGAUCAGUGUAAGCCAGCAUAUUAACAGGGUAUAGAAAAAAAUCACAUGAUUCUAAAACUUGAUGUAGAAAAGAAAUCUGACAAAAUUCAACAUUCAUUUCUAUUUAAAAAACCAAGAAGACUAAGAAUAGGGAGGAACUUCCUCAAUUCAAUAAGAAUAUCUUUUAAAAGCCUACAGCUAAUGCUGUACUUAAUGAUGGAGACAGAACACUACCCCCUAAGAUCAGAAACUAAGCAAGAAUGUCAACUCUUACCACUCUUAAGACAAGAAAAGGAAAUAAAAGGCAUACAGAUAGGAGAAAGUAGGUUAUCUCUUAAGAAAAAAAAUCAAAAUUAAUGAGUUCAACAAGAUCUCAAGAUACAAAAUCACAUACAUUGUUUUUCUGAACAUUAGGAAACUAGCAAUAAAUAUGUGCAAUCCAAAAUUAAAAC